AUACUCUCGGCAAAAUUAAAGCAAGCCCAGACAACGUGCUUGAGCAGAAGUUUAUUAAAUCUGCUUUUAAAAAUGACUAAAAAAGAAGUUUGUAACUAUUGCGAAAGCGAGCAUGAUUCCAAGGCGCUGUUCACGACCAGAAAGGUCUUUGCUGGCGUCAAAGUAUUGGACAUUCUGCAGACUAUCACCAAGCGCAGCAUACCUGUAUCAACGCCUAUUAAAAUGUGUGGUUUGUGUAUGGCGGCAAUGCUGUCCGCGACGGCCAUUAUAGCUAAGACAGAUCAGUUGGUUAGCAAGACAUUGAAAUCGGGCAAAGGCAAUGAAGCAAAUGAAUGCAAGGCCGCGAACGACGAGGCAGAAAGCACCACAGAGGCAACUUCACUGCAAGUUGAAACAAUCGCGACUAAUGGCAAAGCAUCUCCUUUGAAGCAAGCUUCAAAUGUCAACGGGGAAACAGUGAAAGAAAUUGAAAAAGAAGUGCAAGGCACGCCUAAAAAGCAGGCGCUGAAGAAAAAGUCAUCUGCAGUUACUGCAGAAGUAUCCAAAGUUACUAAGUCACUCUUUGGUGGUAAUAAGUCAGAGCAGCACAGUUCUAAGACGGAGGUAGAGAAGACAAACAAGAGUUUAUCCACCCCGUCCAAGCUGCAGCAAAAUAGCAAUAAUUUGGAUAAAAGUCUAACCGAUGUAGUCAAACUAACGCCAGCAAAAGAAGCAAGCGCUAAACACAAAGACUUCAAUCAAUUAUUUAGCGUUAGCAAUAAUGCAAUAAACCUUUCUACGGACUCGGAGGACGACGCGCAAGAAGCAUCCAAGACGCCAAACAAGCUAAACAUCGCCAUACACUUCGAAUGCAAGCUUUGCGACUUUAAGUCCGUUUGGCCAAAUCCCAUGAAAUUACACAUGAAGACUGAGCACGAUCAGAAGCGCCCACGCAUUUAUGACUGCAGCAAAUGUCCCAGAAGCUUUGGCGUACUUAAAACUCUCAAGGAGCAUUUGGUAACCCAUGGCGUGGUAGAAGAGAAGUCAACACCAAACCCUGAAGUAGAGCCUCAGCCAGAAUCAGAUACUACGCUAGCGAAACUAACAGCCUUAAAGCCUAGGAGCAAAUCUAAAUCUGCACUUACCGCCGAAUACACCUUUGCUGUCACAACUAAGAACUCUUCGACACCAAAGCCUGGGGAUGUCCAAGGUGCUGGGCAUAAAUGCGGGUAUUGCCAAAUAGAUUUAAAGAAUCUAAAAGCGAUAAAAGAGCAUAUGAAACAAGUACAUUCAAUUGAUCGUCCAAAGCCUUUUAAAUGCAAUCUCUGCGAGUGUGAAUAUAUGCACAAAAUUACCUUGAAUCAACAUGUUAAGACUAAGCAUGGGGAAACAGCUGAGCCAAAAAAUCCGUCACCCAAUGCAGCUGCUGAUUCACCAAAGCCCAAGGAAUCCGUGCCGACAUCGCGCAAACGCAAGACAAAUGAUUUUGAUACUUCGUUGGUAGAGCAGGCCGACAAGAGCAAGAAGCAGAAGAUUGUCAAGGAGGACGUGGCAGUAACACCCAGCAAAACUAAGCCAACAGAGGCAGCCUCGCCGCGGAAAGAAAAAAAGGUCGCAACACCAAAGAGCAACGAAGAGGACACAGUGGAUGCGCCAGACGAGAUUCCCAUUGCGCAUUCCCCGGUGACGCCAAUGUCGCCAGUAAAGAAGAGAAAGUCUGUCUCCAACGAACAUCAGCCUUCCGAGAAAUUGCCUGUAGAUACGCCCAGCAAAAAGUCCGGUGAGCAAAGCAAGAUGGAGCAGCUGCUGGAGGCAACAGCAGUUCUGGAGACUUCAAUUUCAAGUUCACAAAAGAAAAAGUCAAAGAAAAAGUCGUUGCUUGCUGCAGAGGAACAGGAACUGCAACAGCCGGCGGAGCAGCUGGAUGGCAUCAAUACGCUGGUGCAACCAAACAAGCGCACGCUACUCGUGGAUUCGAUUGAAGUCUCGCACUCCGAGUCGGAAUUGAGCUGUAGCAAGUGCGGCAAGUUGGCCAAGUCACGUCAGCGCUUGGAUUCCCACAUACGCAAGAGGCACGGCACUCAAUUGAAGUGUCCCAAUUGCUGGCUUAGCUAUCCCAACAGUCUGGAGUACAUAAGUCACUUUGCCACCUGCGAUGCAAGCGAUGGCCUGGCCUGCGGCGUCAAGAACUGUCCGAAGAAAUUUGAGGGUGCUCACUAUCUAACAUCGCACUUGAAGAAGAAACACGGAGUCAAUUAAUGUUAGUUUUACAAUUUGAUUAAAUAGUGAAUAAGUUUUUAGUUGAUUUUCUUUUUAUAGUACACAAAAACUAUAAAUUUACGUA